AUGGAUUGCUUGGGAGAGGUGGCAGUGACGUGGCUAACCAAACUAUUCAAUAUGAUUCCGGAAGGGAGAUGCACGACAGAUGCAAAAUUCGCCUUGAGAAUUGCAGUUCAUGGAAGGCCAGAAAGGGUUGCAUUGUGCUUUUAUAAAGUUCCUGGAGAUGAACCAUGCUAUUGCAUGAGAAAGUCUGGAGUGACAGAGAAGUACUUCAGCGUGGUAAAAGAUAUGUAUGAAGAGAGCAUAACAUCAGUACGGCGUGUGGCAGGAACGACGGAAGGCUUUAGAGUGAAAGUUGGUCUGCACCAAGGAUCGCCUCUGAGCCCUUUCUUGUUUGCUUUAGUGACGGGUAGGACUGCCUGA